CCCGCCGAGCCCCCUCUCCCCGUCCCGCCGCACCGUGAGGCGGGGGGCGCUCUGAGGGCUGCGGGACGGGGCGUUCUGGGGGGCGCGACAUCCCGGUUCGGAGCGCGACAUCCCGGGUCGGGAACAGCCCGGUGCGGCGGGGCCGGGCCCUGCAGCCGGCGGAGGAGCGGGGGCGGUGCUCCCGGCGGCAGCCGGGACUUCCUGUGACGGCCCAUUUCCUGGUCGGAUGGGGCCGGCGGGGGGCGGCGGCGGCGGGGUCGGUCCCUGUCCCUGACGGGCUCGGUGGUCGCCGGUGACGCCGCCAGGCAGCGAUGCGGGCCCCGGGCCCUGCCGGCAGCCGGCCGCCGCCGUGACCCGGUGGGGCUGCGCACGCCGGCGCCGCGGGGCGCAUGGAGGCUCCCGCCGCCCUCUGCGAGGUGUGACUCCCCGCGGGACAGCGCGGCUCGGCCCCCGCCAGGCCAGCGGCCCCGGGCCCCCCUCAGCAGGAGCCAGGAGGGCUCGGGAGUGACACCGGCAUCGCCCCCGCCGCCGGCGGCUGCCGCCUCCUGAGCCAUGAAGAAGUUCUUCGACUCGCGCCGGGAGCAGGGCGGCUCCGGGCCCGGCUCGGGCACCAGCGGCGGCGGCGGCGGCAGCAGCGGCCCGGGCAGCGGCUACAUCGGCCGGGUCUUCAGCAUCGGCCGGCACCAGGUCACCGUGGAUGAGGUGCUGGCGGAAGGUGGCUUUGCAAUCGUGUUCCUGGUGAGGACGAGCAAUGGGGUGAAGUGUGCCCUGAAGAGGAUGUAUGUCAACAACGAGUACGACCUGCAGGUCUGCAAGAGGGAGAUCCAGAUCAUGCGGGAUCUGUCUGGCCACAAGAACAUUGUGGGCUACAUCGACUCGAGCAUCAACUCCGUCAGCAGCGGGGACGUGUGGGAGGUGCUGAUCCUCAUGGACUUCUGCCGUGGGGGGCAGGUGGUGAACCUGAUGAACCAGCGCCUGCAGACCGGCUUCACCGAGAGCGAGGUGCUGCAGAUCUUCUGUGACACCUGCGAGGCCGUGGCCAGGCUGCACCAGUGCAAGACCCCCAUCAUCCACAGGGACCUCAAGGUUGAAAACAUCCUGCUGCAUGACCGUGGCCACUACGUCCUGUGUGACUUUGGGAGUGCAACCAACAAAUUCCAGAACCCUCAAACCGAGGGGGUGAAUGCAGUCGAGGAGGAGAUCAAGAAGUACACGACGUUGUCCUACAGAGCACCAGAGAUGGUGAACCUGUACAGUGGCAAACUCAUCACCACAAAAGCAGACAUUUGGGCCCUGGGCUGUUUGCUGUACAAGCUGUGCUACUUCACCUUGCCCUUUGGGGAGAGCCAGGUGGCCAUUUGUGAUGGCAACUUCACCAUCCCAGACAACUCGAGGCACUCCCAGGACAUGCACUGCCUCAUCCGGUACAUGCUGGAGCCAGACCCUGAUAAGAGACCUGACAUUUAUCAGGUCUCCUACUUUGCUUUCAAACUGGCCAAGAAGGACUGCCCAGUGCAGAAUGUGCAGAACUCUCCAAUCCCUGCUAAACUCCCAGACCCAGUUAAAGCAAGCGAAGCUGCUGCAAAGAAGAGUCAACCAAAGGCCAGGCUCACAGACCCCAUCCCCACGACAGAAACCUCCAUAGCACCCCGGCAGAGACCUAAAGCAGGACAGACCCAGCCCAACCCUGGGAUUCUGCCCAUCCAGCCAGCCCUGACACCCAGGAAGAGAGCCACAGCCCAGGCAGCCAUUCAGCCACAGGUUGCAGGUCCAGCUGGCAGUGCCCAGCCCUCUCUCCCUGCCAGCACCCCCCAGCCAAAAGCAGCCCCCCAGCAGCCUCCAGCCCAGCCCCAGGCCAAGGCGGCAGCAGCGCCCCAGGCACAGCCCCAGGUCCCCUCGACACAGCCCCAGGCCACCCCUCAGCAUCAGCAGCAGCAGCUUUUCCUCAAGCAGCAGCUCCUGCAGCAGCAGCAGCAGCAGCAGCAGCAGCAGGCUGCCUACUUCCAGCAGCAGCAGCAGCAGAUGAUGCAGGCACAGCAGUUCCCAGUGAUGCAGCAAGGAGCGCCUGCACAGCAGCAGCAGCUGAUGCAGAACUACUACCAGCAGCAGCAGCAGCAGCAGCUGCUGGCCCAGCAGGCAGCUAUGCAGCAGAAGACCACAGCAGCAGCAGCUCAGCAGAAGCAGCAGCAGCCCCAGGCCCAGCCCAGCGCAGCACCGCCAGCACAGCCACAGGAGCAGGGGGCACAGGUGCAGGCUCAGAGGGAGCAGCAGCAGGCUCAGGGGCAGAAGCUGGGCUCCCUGACGCCGCCGUCCUCGCCCAAGGCGCAGCGCGCCGGGCACCGCCGCAUCCUCAGUGACGUCACCCACAGCGCCGUGUUCGGCGUGCCCGCCAGCAAAUCCACCCAGCUGCUGCAGGCUGCGGCUGCUGAGGCCAGCCUCAACAAGUCCAAAUCUGCUUCCACCACGCCCUCGGGCUCGCCAAGGACCUCACAGCAGAAUGUCUACAACCCCCCUGACGUGUCCACGUGGAACCCUUUUGAUGAUGACAACUUCUCCAAGCUGACAGCUGAGGAGCUGCUGAACAAGGACUUUGCAAAGCUGGGGGAUGGGAAAGCUCCAGAAAAGGCAGGCAGCUCCACAGAGAACCUGAUGCCAGGUUUCCAGCCUGCAGCCCCCACAGCCCCAGCAGAUGCCUUUGGUGGCUCCUCCUUCCCUGCUGGGCCAGCUGAAAAAACGAAAGACAUUCUGAGUUUGGACUCUAGCCCUCCUCUUCUGACUGUGCCUGAUCCUUUCAUUCCUCUCCCGUUAUCUGACACCCCAGGUGUGCACAGGGAUCCAGGCCGCCUCCCAGCCGCAGCUCUCCAGCUCUGUAAGGGAGAUCCUGGCAGAGAUGGACUCACCUUGUACAAGGGCCAGCCCGAGAUGCUGGAGGGGAAAGUGCAGCACAACUCGGAGUCAGAGUACCUGGCCAGAGAUGGUCCUUCAAGCAACAGCUCCUUCUACAGCAGCGAAGGAGAGGGGACAGACCACGAGGGAGAUAUUCUGGAUUGCAGCGGCUCCAGGCCUUUACUGAUGGAUUCAGAAGAGGAGGAGGAGACGUGCAAGUUGUGCCCGGGGUUCCUGCAGCCUGUGGCCAGGCACGAGGCCUCCAAGGAGGAUGCCCAGUCCCAGGCCAGAGCGGGGGAGCCGCUGUUCCCGGCCUUCCAGUCGCACAGCGGGGAGGUUUUCAACGAACCCGAUGUGUUUGCCACGGCUCCUUUCCGCAGCUCCAGGAAGGUCCCCGAUGAAGUGGAUGUCUUUACCAAAGCUCCUUUUAUCUGUAAGGGCAGCGCAGCUCUACGGCACCCAGAGGAAGCAGACGUGUUUCUGAGAGCCCCUUUCACUAAGAAGAAGAGCGUGGAAGAGCUGCCUUCCCACAAGGAGCCAUUCACGCCGCCCGUGUUCCUGAGCCAGGGAGGCGACGGCCGAGCUCAGCCCCUGUUCCUGGAUCCAGCGGCCUCGGUGAGAGCUCCACAUGCUCCUGCUGCCUUUGCUCAGCCAGGCAGCCUCCAACCCUGCUCGGCCAGAGCCGUGGAGGCCCAGGAGAGCAGCCCUGCUAAGGCAGCGCUGCCGGAGCAGGGCGACGCGCUGGGCUCCGUGGCCAGCAAGCCCUUCCGUCCGCAGUCCCUGGCCAAGUAUUCCCGGCACUACAGCCCCGAGGAUGGGCCGGGGCUGGAGGCCAAGCCCAUAGCUGCUUACAAGGUGGUGUCUCAGACCAACAGGCAGGCCAUAGCGGGCUCUGUGUCCCUUGUCCCACUGUCUGCCAGGACUACGGAGCUGCCCGCCGCGGAUCCCUUCGCCUCGGCGCCCUUCCCUUCCAAAGCAGCAAAGCAGAAGCCUUAAUGUUGCAGGAGCUCGGGCUGUGCUGCCUGCAGGAGCACCCCGUGAGGACCUCAGACCUCUUAGCUGAACUGAAUGACAUAGCAAUAUAUACAUAUAUAUAUAUAAAGUAAUUAUUAUUUUUGGUCAGAACUCUAUUUGCAGUGAUAUAUAGUUGAACCGUUUAAGUUAUGUUUGUCUGAAUGCCUGCCUCUCAGGAUCCUCGUAUCCUUUCCAGUUGCUUCUCACCUUCCUCCUCUCACUGUCUUCCCUCCAUUUAUUUCUUUUUUUUUAGAUGCUUUUCUCAAACCAGCAGUAUUCCAUAUUUUCUGGUCCUGGGUGGAGAAAUGCACUACAAGAUGAAUUAAAAGGUUUAUUAAUUACAGAGCGAGUCAAGCAGGACUUGCUAAUGCUCUGGAAAGGACACGAUUUCACAGGUUCAAGGGUUACUGUGACUUUUGCUCUCAGUGAUGUUCCUGCUGCCCUGGCAGCCACAGCUCUGGAUGUGCAGGUGGGUGCUGUGCCCGCAGAGCCAGAGCCGUGCUGGGGUGUCUGGUGCCAGUCUGGGCAGUGCUGGCAAAGCAGAGCCAGGGCAGCAGCACAGCUUUGCUCCCCGCCAGGGGAACACGAGGCAGUGCUGCUGCCCCAGGGCUGCAGGCAGGGAAGGUGGUGUGAAGCAAUCAGGCUGUUACUGUUGCUGGAAAAUCAAACGGUCGUGCAAACAAUCAGGAAAAGCUUUCACUUUUACACAUGUGUUUCCUGUCUGGUCUAUGCCAAAGUGUAGCACCUGGAAAUCUGCUUAUGGUGAAGGAGAAAUGUGUAUUUACAGUAUUAAAAGCAGACCUUGCGGGGUCAUUUGUGAUGUGAGCAGCUCCAUAACUGUCCUGAUGUACCUCAUGUGGUGUGACUCAGCAGAGGCCACAGCCCCCUAGACUGGUUUAUACUGGCACAGAGCUCUGCUCAAACCCAAUUCAGCCUGUUGCUUUCCUGUUGGUUAAGGAUGAACCUAAACAAAACCCCUUUGCUCUCCUUAUGAAGUGCUGUUUUCUAUCCUGUUCCCAAGAGCAGGACUGUGAUGACUGAGGCAUGGACUCAGCCUGGCAGAGAAACUGAGGCUUUUAUUAGGAAAGGCAAACUCUUUUUAUACCCUUCUAAAAGAUACAGUAUUUCCUCAGAUGGUACCCCUCGUGCACCAGGACCUGUGGAACCAUAAGCACACCCUCCCCCUAGGUUAUUAAUGGAAAGGGACCUUCCCAUUUUCCACUUUCAGGAUUCUUAAGAAAUACUUGAGCUUUUUCUAGGUGAAAUUCAGUUCCCCCCAAAAUCUCUCCAGCUGCAAGAGACGAGCCGAGUGUUGUGCUGGAUGUGGGGAUUGCCUGGAAGGGAGAGGGAAAAGCCUGGAGUGCGGUGUUGGAGCCUUGGGGUGGGAGGGAGAACACUGGAAUGGGGGAGGAAUUGGCUCCCAGGAGUAGCUGGUGAGUAGUGCAGUGCCCAGCCCAGGCUGGGGGGCUCGUGGAGCCGGGACCCCCUGCCCUGCGUGGCUGUGCUCGGAGUUCAUAAAUAUCCAUGCCUGGUGGUGCCUAUGGGGCUCUCUGCCCUCCAUCACCACCUCCUGAAAACAGAAGUACUGUAGAGAAUUUCUGCGUUUCUCUUGAGAUGAUUCUUCAGCAAAGCUGACGCUGUUAUUAUGUUUUGUUGUUUAGUUUUCUGUUUAAACAUACGCCCAAAAGGUGGUUUUAGUUUUAAGUACAUGUUCCCCCAAGUCGGUUGUUGCUGGAUGCAAUCAGUGAGAGACACAGAGAAUGACUGUGACAGCAAACUGUGAAUUCAAGGGCCGUGAGUGUGAGGGCCCAGCCAGCAGGCUGUGUCACAGCCACACUGAGCCAGGAGUGCCCUUGAGCCCUGCAAAGUGCUCAGAAGCUGCUGGAAGGGAGGCCAGGCCUUGGUGGAUGAACCUGUGCAACAGGGAGAUGCUCUGCUGCAGUGAGCAGGUACCCUGUGUGAGCCGCGUGGCUUCAAGGUGUUGCCUCUGCUCACUGGAGCUUCUCCUUCCUUCUCUUCAUUUGUACUUGAAAAAUCGCUUCUGAAUAAUUCAGUGCAGCUCCUGUCAGCACGGAGCUGAUGCUGGAGGAGCAUCAGCCUGUCCCUUCGCGCUGGGAGAAAGGGAAUUGCACUGAGCUGUGCAGGCUGACUCCAGUCCUGCUCAGCCAGGGCAGGCUCAAUUUCCAGCUGGCAUUUUGGCAGCUUUUCUGUCCUUCAGGCACUUUACAGUGCCUGACUGUGCCCCAGAGCCCAUGAUCCUGCCAGACACAUCCCGUGCUUAGACGGUUUUAAAUCUCUUCUGGGGGUGGAGGCAGCUCGUUUGUAUCUCUGCAUGUGACUCAUAAGGUAAUGGGACUUCUGGUUAUGGUCAGAAAACUCAAUUUCAGUGCCUGUUACUCUAAUACCCUUCUCAUUUCCAGCUUGUGUUCCUCCUAAUCCUGCACUACCACUGCUGCAGCCUCAGCGUGAUGAGUUGUAAGUGGAAAUUUAAUUUCCAUAGCAUCUGAAGCUUACUGUUUUAAUGAAUGUGGAAGAAUCACGCUAAUUGUUUCCCACACAAUCAGUGAUCUUAAUGAAGUGAGGCUCAUACAGACUCAAUGGGGUGUUUUGAAAUCGGUUUUCUGAAAAGAGCCACUGCUUUCACAUCUUUUGUGAUGCUGUAGUAGAAGGUGUUCACUGCCCUGGGUCCUCUGGUUAUCACAUCCCCGUGACAAUCCCGGAAUCCUGCUGGGAGAGGGACUGGCUCCUGGUUCUCACCCCCUGAAUGCACUAAAGCCUCUGUUCAAAGCGAUUAAUCAGAGUUUCUGCAUCAGUAAAACAAGCGGUUGGCUCUGUGCUCACUGCCAUGACUGCUGCAGGACUGUGGGGACUGUCCCCAGUGUCCCCUCUCCUGCCGUGACCCCGACCCCGAGUGGGCACUGGCCUGAUCGUGUCCUCCUUUUGCCACAGCAGCAAAACCGGGUGAGAUCUGCUUAAUUGCUGAACUCAAUCACUCCAAAGUGCUAAUCAGUGACUUUAACUCAGCUUCCACCAAAGACUCUUGUGUUGGGGAGUUGAAUUUUGUGGGUUUUUGUUUCUUUCCUCACGGUGUUAAAUCAAUGCCUUCGAGCACACUGACAGACCCCCAAAGCACUUUUACAGUAGUACCAUGACACUGAAACCCUGCUCGAGUUCUCAAACACAUUCCUGAAACCUGAUCAGCUGCAUUAGCGUUUCUAGAAAUAACCCUCAGCCUGUAGUUCCUGCUGUAGGUGGGUAAAUACCCUCACACACCCCUAGAAAUGUCCCUGUGGAGCCACAGGGAUAUCGCUGAUCAGCGUUCCUCAUCCCGUGCCUCCAAAGGGAUGGGGUGGGAGAGCAGGGGGCUGGCUCUGGUGUGGGAUGCAGCAGGUGGAGCAUCCCACACCCCGAGAAAACCUCCUUUGUGUCCGGGAGGAGCCGGAGCUGGGGGUGUCCGUGAUCCCCACAGUGACACACGGUGACUUCUGUCCCCACAGUCCCCUCCGUUCCCCCCAUGCCUGGCAGAUCCCCGGGCUCAAAUUUUGCACUCCGGUUGGGAUCGACUGUUCCUGGUAAUCAUGAAGAAAUGUUCCACUUGUAAACUUAAUGUACAUUUUAUUAAAACUGUAUCUGAUGACAA